AGAGAGAGAGAGAGAAAGAGAGAGAGAGAGAGAGAGAGAGAGAGAGAAGAGAGAGAGAGAGAGAGAGAGAGAGAGAGAGAGAGAGAGAGAGAGAGAGAGAGAGAGAGAGAGAGAGAGAGAGAGAGAGAGAGAGAGAGAGAGAGAAGA